GCGGAAUGCAUGAGAAUUUGCGAUGCCUUCUCAUGGUUUGGUAAGCGCUGUCAAGUUCUGCCCAAGAAACUCAGUUCUUGUCUCUCUUCCCUGUGCGAGUAGAAGUACAUGUCUGUAGCGGAUAAUUACUGAAACAGUCAGUGAAGUCACGACUCGUGAACGUUUGUUUGUUUCUAGGAACCAGUCCGAUGAUGAGGUUUCUAAUGAUUUUAGCGGUCUGUGGAUCGCUACUUUGGUCUACGGUGGCCGGGUUGGGUGAGGAUCAGUGUACGGAAGGACCCGACUUCUGGUGCUCGUCGUCCGCCAAUGCACAACACUGCAGCGCCAAUGAGUUCUGCUCGACGCAGGUCUGGACCAACGGUGUGCCACCGGAGAAGACGGCCACAAAGCCAUCUGAGCGACCUCCCGCAGGCUGGAAUCCGUGUACGCGCGGACCAGCAUUCUGGUGCGCUACACUGGACAACGCUGAUUUGUGCGACGCGUUCAGCUACUGUCAGCAGCAUGUUUGGGGUUCAACGACCAAAGCACCGAUCGCAGCGGACGGAGAUGGAGCUGACAAACAGCUGCUAGAGAAAUCCGAGGCUGCAUUGAUCAUGCUGUUUGACCCAGAAGAAGCAGCGAAAAGCAUUUUCUCGACAUUGGACAGCAUGGCUGCAGUGAAGCUGCUGCCACAGCCUCUCGACCACUGUGACUGUGAGUCCUGCUAUUACCUUGUGAACCUGGGGAACUCCUGGCUUGGAGAGAACAGCACACAGAACCUGAUCAAGUCCUACUAUGUCAAGCUGUGUAUGAACGUUCCAGCCUCUAUGCAGGAACACUGUGUUAAGGUGGUCAGCAACCAUUUUGCCUCUGUCAUCGGAGACCUUGCAGACUUGGAUCCGAAGAAGGCGUGCAAAGAUGUGUGCACCACCGGUGCGAGUUCUACUUCUAACAAGGCUCUCGGUCUGCCAAAGAUCAAAGUUCAGGACAAGCCGGUCAACACAUGCCUGUGUCAGACUUGUCAGGAAGUGUUCUCUGAUCUUGCGGACGCGUUUGGCCAGAAGAGAUUUCAGAAUGAGUUUGUUGAGGAGUUCAAGAGGUUGUGUUCAUUCUUACCAGAUGCCGAUGUCACCCAGUGCCAGACAACCGCUGAACAGUACAUUCCGGAGAUGUAUGCGAUGAUGUCACACCUCAAUCCUGCCAUGGCAUGCAACCGCUUCAAGUUCUGUGAGAACCACACUGCACCGGCUAAGAACGCAGAGCAACCCACGCAGGUUGCUGCGACAACCAAGCCUAAAAUCCACAUCCCAUGCGUGGGUCCAUACUUUGAUCUGACUCGGCGCAACAGCGAUGGAAGCAUUCCCAAAGAGAUUGAGGAGGUUGCAGCAUUGACCGGGCUUGGUGCAAUUCCAGAUGAUGACUGUGAAUGCGAAUCUUGCAAGUACUAUUUUGGACAGUUUUCCGCAUGCUUCAAGCGCAAUGCCACUCGUCGAUGGAUCAACACGUUCUACCGCAAGAUCUGCCUUGACAUUCCCGCCAGCAUGCAGGAACACUGUACUGAUGUUGUUAUGAAGCACUUUGCUACGCUGACCGAAGACCUGGGCAUGAUAGACUCUGACAAGGCCUGCAAAACAGCCUGUGUGAAUGCAACAAAGGUGGCUAGUGUGAGGGACACAAGUCUUGCGGUGACUAACACAUGCCUGUGCCAGCAGUGUCAGAACUAUAUUCAGGACCUGGAUCGACUGCUUGCAGAGAAACAAUACCAGGAAGACGCGGCCACCGAGUUCAAGCGACUCUGCGGAUUUCUGAAGGACGACACGGCCAUGACUAAAUGCGCCAACGAGGCGGCCAAGUACAUUCCGGAGAUGCUCCAGAUGCUGUCCAAUAUGACCCCACUGCAGACCUGCAGUCACUUCAAGUACUGCCAGAAGAAAUGAGGACCGGCAGCAUUGGGUCUACUGGCGUCGAGAUUACCAAGCAAUUCUCCUGCACGUGUGGGGCGCAGCAUGCUGCCUGGUAAAGCGUUACAUGCAUAUUUUGUCCUGGAAAUCUCAGUUACAGUCUGUAGGAAUGGCAGUGUUUUGAAAUCUUAGCAAUUAUUCUGGUUUAUUUCCGAGUUGACAUCACCUAUAGGCUAUAGUUACCUUAGUGCCCUCUAGCACUUUCUUUGUGGUAUCACUGUGUCGCAUCAACGAAAUGUAUUACAAUAUACUCUUUAUCACAAAAAAAUAUUCGUGGAGACAAGAAAGAAAUUUGGAACGCAAUGAGUAAAGCGAGUUGCGCACUGA